AUGGAGCCCACCACCGAUCAAGUUGCGGCGAUUGAAGCAACCAUGAUCACGGAGUUCGAUGUUGUGUUUGACCAGAAGGGUGACCACCGAUGUAUGGUGGGUCCCGACAUGGUAAUACAGUUACGCGAUGAAGCGGUGCCGUACUAUGUUAAUGGUGCCCGACCAAUCGCGUUCGGUGACAGGGCGGAAGGGAAAAAUUUAUUGGACGAUUUAGUGGCCAAAAACGUAAUCGUGCCAGUUAGUGAGGCGUCCGAGUGGGCGGCCCCCUUGGUGGUAGUCCGGAAUGCGAAUAGUGGCCAACUCAGGAUUUGUGUCGACCACACGCUGCUAAACAAAUUCGUUUUGCAACCAAUGCACCUAACGCGCACGCCGCGCGAUGCGGUAGCCAAAAUCGAUAGCGAGUGCCGUUAUUUAACCAGUUUCGAUGCCGUAAACAGAUAUUACCAAAUACCACUCCAUCCCUACAGCCAACACCUAACUACGUUCAUGACACCCUGGGGACGUUACAAGUUUCUCCGGGCGUCUAUGGUCUUGUGUUUCUCUGGAGAUGAAUACAACAGGCAAACUUAUAUGGCGUUUGGAUCGCUAUCCAACACGGUCCAAGUGGUUGACGAUUUGCUCCGUUUUGAUCGAACCUUCCCGGCACAUGUUGCAGGAGUCUGUGCCAUCCACCAGGUGGCGCGUGCAGCUGGCAUCACUUUCAGCCGUGGCAAUUUUUGUUUCGCCCGCUCCCGGCUAUCAUGGUCGGUUAUGAUGUUCAGCACGGUGGUAUUACCGUAG